AUGAAUUAGGAGGACACUCUUAACACAAAUCAAAUUCAAUUUAAUUAACUUCUUUUGGAUGCUCAUAGUCAAUUUUAAUUAAGAGAUAUGAAUCAAGCUAUAAAAUUAUAUGAAGAAGCUUUGAAUUGUUAAGAAGCAGGAAGAGGUAUUAACAAAUAUCAAUUUAAAGAUAUUGAUAGAAUGGCUAUAAUUCUAGCUAAUUUAGGGAUUAUUUAUUUUCAUAAUUGCGAUUAUAAGUAAGCAACCGAAAAACUGCUUGAAGCAUUUACUAUGUUAGACAGAAAAAAUGAUUUCAAAUGUGCAUUACUAAUUAAGAUUUUAGUAUUUAUAGAUUAAAUAUAAAAAUAGGGAAAUUUAGCUAUCAUAAAAUUGAUAACAACAGAAUUUUAAGAAUGUAAAGAUUAUAAUGAUUAAGCAAUUCAAUUAAUUGUUUCAGCGUAAAAAUCAUUAAUUUUUAGAUAACCUCCAUUUUAAUAUUAACUAUUUAAAGAAUUAAUGUAUAUAUAUUAUAGAUUUUAAUCAUUUGAAGCUAUGGGAGAUGGUAAUUUUGAAAAUUUAGAGUAAAAGUGUAUAUAAAUUUAAAUUAUUUUCAUAGAUGAUGGAUAAAGUUUAGCUUGUUUCUAUUCUUCAAUGGGAUUAAAUCGUGAAUUAUGUGGAGAUAUGACUCUUGCUUUUAAAUAUCAUUAAAAAGCGUUAAAAUUAUGGUAUGAAUAAAAAGAAAAUGGUUUUAUUGUUAUUACGUUAAGAAGAAUUUUAACUAUUGCAUAAAAUGAAAGAAUGGAUUGUAAAGAUUAUGUACAAUAAUUGUAAAAAUGUAUGUAAUCACCUGAAUUAAGAGGAAUAAGCCCAGAAAUUUUAUUUAAAGAUUGUGAAAAAAAAUUAUAAUGUGCAAGAGAAGUAUAUAUAUUUAGAGAAUUUAUAGAUAACAACAUCUCUUUAAAAAUUAGAAUAAUAAUUAAGUUACUAAAAGAAUUAAUAAUUAUUAUCUUAGCCUUUAGCACUUAAAUAACAAGAUGAAUUUUGGAAACUUGCCUUAAAAUUGAGACUCAAACGAGCAAUAUAAUAUUGUUAUCAUUAAAUGUCUUAAUAAGAAGUAGAGAAUGCUUCUUUAUUAUCAUAAUCUAUUGCAUAAUUAGAACAUUCUUUAAAACUUUUAGACUAAUAAUAACCUUAUGAAAAUUAUUUAUAAAAUUUACCAUUUACAAAAGAGUCUGUCAAUAUUAUUAAAUCACAUUUGAUUAAAUUCAAUCGAAUUUGUUUGAAAUUGUAAUUAUAACCCUUCUUAAAUUAUCUUUACUACUUAAAGUAAGAAGAAGAUGAUUAAGGUCAACAACAUUACUAAUAGCCAAUAUUUAAUUCAAAAUUUUAAACUAAUUAACCAUUUAACCAAUAAAUUUAAAAUUCGUAAUAUUAAACACAUCAAUAGCCAUAAUACUAAUCUAAUAGAUAGAAAUAACUUGAUUCUAUGAAUUCAUAAUAUAAUUCAUAAUAAAGCUAAGUUAAUCAUGAUUAUCAAAAUUAAUUGAAUAUUUAGUCUUAUCAUUCAACAAAUGAUUAAUAAAAUUACAUAGUUAGAGGUUAAAAUCCUACUUAACAUUAAAAUAAUUAAUAUUAAUAAUAUACUAAUCCUUUACAAAAUAACUUUUCUUAAAAUAACUAAAUUGAAUAAAAUGAUUUUCAAUAAUAAAAGUAAUAAACAAUCUAUACAAAUCAAUAUGAAUAGCAACCAUAUAAAAAUAGUGGUUAAUUUGGAUCAUAAACUAUGGGUUUUACUGGAAAUAAUUAACCAAAAGCUACAAAUUUAUAAUAAUAAUAGUAAUAAUAUACAUAAUAAUAAUUAUUUUAAUAAUAAUAAUAGUAAUAAUACACAUAAUAAUAAUUAUUUUAAUAACAAUAACAAUAACAAUAAUAAUAAUAAUAGUAAUAGUAAUAACAAUAACAAUAAUAACCAUCAUCGUAAUCAGCAAAUUUAAAAUUCUCAAAAUCUUAAUCUAAUUCCUCUUAAAUAAAGCAGGGAUAGAAUAUGAUUGUUUCCAUAACUAAGUCUCAAAAAUUAAAAAAUGUAAGUCUCCUUAAUGCUGCUUAUAGAACAGUUAUGUUAGGUGAUUAAUUAACAAAGUGUAAUAAGUCUUCAAAUGGAAGAAUAGAAAGAUUUUUUAUAUUAGCAAAUGAUGGUACUUUUAGAUGGGCUUAAAAUAAUAAACAUAUUAAUGAUCCAAAAUCUGUAAAUUCCUAUUAAGUUUCUGAUAUAAGAGGGUUAUUUUAUGGAAAAGUAACAGAUGUUCUAAGAAAAUCUUACAAUGAUAAAUUAGAACCUUGGCUCUGUUUCUCUUUGAUUAUGAAAACAAGAUCUAUGGAUUUUUACGUUUAACCUUUAUAAGUAUUUAUUUUAUUUAUUAAUUUUAGAUUAAUUCAUGGGUUUUUGCUUUGUCUGAAGAAAUAAAAAGAAGAAAUCCUGCAGCAUUUGUAAUCACACCUGGUAAAAUGUUAUGGAGAAAAAUCAAGAUUAUUCUCCAUUAUUAUUUUGUGGAUAGAAAAAAAGAAAAAGAAAAAGGAGGAAACAAAAAAAAAAAAUAACCUCCUAAUACUUUUGUGCAUUUAUUAGCAUUGUAUGCCAAAAAUUAAUAAAGAUUACCCCAAAUAUAAUGA